AAAAGCACCGGAAGUUGUUGUGGGUGGACCGUUCUUAUAAUAGCUUAUUAUAGGGUGGACAUGGCAUUUUGCUAACUGACCCUUGCAUGUAUAUUUUUUUCUUCCGUUUAACCAACAAGUUCUUUUGGAACAUCAUACCAAACCUAACUUUGUCAAUUUGCAGAUCUCCGGCAGCCCCCUCCUGAGCAAGAUGAGUGCGGACGGGGGAGGCAAGCCUGCCAAGGUGGGCUCGGUGGUGGAGGUGAUCGGUAAGGGCCAGCGUGGCACGGUGGCGUAUGUGGGCGCCACGCUCUUUGCCACGGGCAAGUGGGUGGGUGUGAUCCUGGACGAGCCCAAGGGCAAGAAUGAUGGCACGGUCCAGGGGAAGAGAUACUUCCAGUGUGAUGAGAACUGCGGCAUCUUUGUGCGCCAGUCCCAGAUCCAGCUAGUGGAAGAUGGUGCCACCUCUCCAGACAUCCCAGAGUCUUCCACUGCCAAGUUCCUGUCCAAGCAGAAAGACAUCCCUGAGGUUCCAAAAUCAGUCAAACAGACGCCCAUUUCCAAGAAGUCCGUCACCCGUCGUAGCACCAAGUGGAACACUCCAGGUCGUCUCUCCUCCGCCAGCUCCCUCCCCUCCCUCCUCAUGGCUCCCCGGGCCAUCGGUCUGUCCAGCUCUCGGUCCAGGGAGGAUGUCAGCGAGGGCAGCCUAUCUUCCAAGGGUGCGCUGGGGGCUCCUGUCGUCCCCCUGCCCAGCGGCAUCCCCACCACGUCCGGAGCUCAAACCCCCGCCACCCCUAGCAAGGAGGAAGAGUCUCUGCGUGGCCAGGUGAAGGACCUAGAGGAGAAGCUGGAGACCCUGAAGAUGAAGCGGGCGGAGGACAAGGUCAAGCUGAAGGAGCUGGAGAAACACAAGAUUCAGCUGGAGCAGCUCCAGGAGUGGAAGACCAAGAUGCAGGAGCAGCAGACUGACCUGCAGAAACAACUCAAAGAGGCCAAGAAGGACGCCCGGGAGGCAUUGGAGGCCAAGGACCGCUAUAUGGAGGAGAUGGCAGACACGGCGGACGCCAUCGAGAUGGCCACCCUGGACAAGGAGAUGGCCGAGGAGCGGUCCGAAAGCCUGCAGGUGGAGGUGGAGUCGCUGAAGGAGAAGGUGGAGGAACUCACCAUGGACCUAGAGAUCAUUAAACACGAGGUUGAGGAGAAAGGUUCUGAUGGAGCUGCCUCUAGUUACCACGUAAAGCAGCUGGAGGAGCAGAACAGCAGGCUGAAAGAUGCUCUGGUCAGGAUGCGUGACCUGUCGUCGUCUGAGAAGCAGGAGCAUGUGAAGCUGCAGAAGCAGAUGGAGAAGAAGAAUGGAGAGCUGGAGACUCUGAGGACCCAGAAGGAGAAACUACAGGAGGAGAUGAAGCAGGCUGAGGCCACCAUCGAUGAGCUGAAGGAGCAGGUGGAUGCUGCUCUCGGGGCAGAGGAGAUGGUAGAGACUCUAACUGAGAGGAAUCUGGACCUGGAGGAGAAAGUCAGAGAGCUGAGAGAGACAGUCACUGACCUGGAAGCGAUCAACGAGAUGAAUGACGAGCUUCAGGAGAACAGCCGAGAGACAGAGAUGGAGCUGAGGGAGCAGUUGGACCUGAACGGGGCCAGGGUGAGAGAGGCCCAGAAGAGAGUGGAGGCUGCUCAGGAGACUGUAGCAGACUAUCAGCAGACCAUCAACAAGUACCGCCAGCUCACUGCCAGCCUGCAGGAUGCCAACAAGGAACUGACCAGUGCUCAGAAUGCCAACGCAGAGCAGGUCCAGCAGCCACCAGCUGAGCUGUUUGACUUCAAGAUCAAGUUUGCUGAGACCAAGGCCUACGCCAAGGCCAUAGAGAUGGAGCUGAGGAAGAUGGAGGUGGGCCAGGCCAACAGACAGGUGUCUCUCCUCACAUCCUUCAUGCCCGACUCCUUCCUGCGUCACGGAGGAGACCACGACUGUAUCCUGGUGCUGCUGCUCAUACCAAGACUCAUCUGCAAGGCUGAGUUGAUCAGUAAGCAGGCCCAGGAGAAGUUUGAUCUGAACGGUAACCCCGUGGAGAGGACUGGGGUGAAGAUGAGAGGACCACCUGGAGAACAGCUCAGCUUCGCCUCAGGACUGGUCUACUCUCUCACCCUGCUGCAGGCCACGCUGCACAAAUACCAACAAGCUCUGAACUGCUGCAGUGUGCAGGUGUAUACGCAGAUGGGGACUCUCUACUCAGAGAUGAGUGUCCAUGAGCGUUCCCUAGACUUCUUCAUUGACCUGCUGCACAAAGACCAGCUGGAUGAGACUGUACACGUGGAGCCUCUCACCAAGGCCAUCAAGUACUACCAGCAACUAUACAGCAUCCACCUAGCUGAGCAGACUGAAGACUGCACCGUGCAGCUGGCUGAUCACAUCAAGGUCAUUCAGAGUGUGUUGGAUUGUAUGGGGGCUGAGGGCCUUCCUACACUACUGACUCUGUGUGUGUGUGUGUGUGUAUAUUAUCUAUCUCUGUUAUUUACCUUCUGCAGUGACAUCAAACAGUUCUGUAAGAAGAUCAGACGCAGGAUGCCAGGGACCGAUGUACCAGGGGUGCCAGCUGCUCUGUCUUUUGGAUCCCCAGUGUCGGAGACGCUGACGGACUGCAGGCGUCAGCUGACACGGGUGGUUGCCGUGCUACAGGAGGUGGCUGCGGCGGGGGCACAGAUGGUCGCCCCUCUCGGGGAGCAGGAGGGGCUCAACGCUCUAAAACUGGAUGACGUGGCCUUCAAGGCUGUUGAACAGGUGUAUGGGUCCCAAGGUCUAAACCCCCAUGAGUGUCUGCGUCAGUCCUGCAGCGCUGUCAUCUCCACCAUGAACAAGAUGGCCACUGCCCAUGCGGAGGGAGAGUAUGAUGCUGAGAGACCACAGGGAAAGGCUCCCCCAGUAGAGGCUCGUGCAGCAGCCCUCAGGGCAGAGAUCACUGAUGCAGAGGGCCUGGGAGUCAAACUGGAAGACAGAGACACUGUCAUCAAGGAGCUCAAGAAGUUACUUAAGAUCAAGGGAGAGGAGUUGAGUGAAGCUCACGUCCGUCUCAGUCUCCUGGAGAAGAAGCUGGACACGUCGACUAAAGACGCAGACGAACGUGUGGAGAAGAUCCAGACCAAACUGGAUGAGACCCUGGCCCUGCUCAAGAAGAAAGAGAAGGAGUUUGAGGAGACCAUGGACGCCCUGCAGGCAGACAUCGACCAGCUGGAGGCAGAGAAGGCGGAGCUGAAGCAGCGUCUCUCCAGCCAAUCAAAGAGCACCAUCGAGGGCCUCAGGGCCCCGCCUGCCUCGGGCAUCGCCUCCAUCGUCACGGGAUCCGCCGGAGCCGCUCUUGCCCCAGGAGCAGGGGGUCUGUCUGGGCCCAUGCAGGUGGUGGACUCCCCUCUCCUCCGCCAGCAGGUGGAGGCUCAGAGACUGGGUAUCAAACACCUGAAGAACGAGAACAACAGACUCAAGGCAGAGAAGAUGAGAGCCCAGUUAGCCUCUCUCCCUCCCCUCCACGUCCCCAAGUUACACCUGAGAGAGGCCACCUCUUCCUCCUCUCCCCCUGCUGAGGGGCCUCUCCACGGGGCUCUCUACAGGAAGACGGAGCAGCUCCUGGGGACCCUGCUCAAGAUGACUGCCACAGUUAAAGUGGUCGACAUCACCGGGAAGACACCAGUGAGUGCUAGUGCUCAGCUCUUGGACCAGACGGCUCGGCUGCAGAGCCUGAGUGACGCCCUGGACAAACUGAAGGGUGAAGUGGCGGAGCAUGUGGUUUCUCAGCAGCCUGGGGCAAAGGUCUCCUCUGACUUUGCCACCUUUCCCAUUUCCUCUUUCGUCAAGGCGAAGGAGGGAGGCACGGUGUUUGUAGGCCGCGUGGCCAUCCCGUGUGCCAAGGGCCAGGAGCAGGUGCACCGUCUUGUCCUAUCACAGCAACACCUGCAGCAAGUGCACCGCCUCCUCAUAGCCUAAGACGACACCCCAUUGGCCUGCGUCCACAAGUGGACAGCAGGCUUCACCAAUCGGAGCCCAGCAGACACAAUUUUUUUCCUUCUUUUUUUCUUCAGUCUCUCACCUAAAGUUCCAGUCCAUUUCCUGUUGUUCCACAGAAUCUCUCAGGAUACGCUUUGUCACACUACACCACCUAGAAAUAGCAUUUUAAUUGCCAUCAGAGGCUUUAUGCCCCUUCUAGGAUGUCUAUUUCUAUCAUUUUUUCUAUGCCAAAGAGACACACACGUGUUCUCAUCGAGUACCUAAUAAUACUGUACAACUUAUUUUCUAUUGCACUUCAAGUCCUAAAUGAUUUUUUUUCAUCUCCUUUUGUUCUACUGUGGUGGUUUAUUAUUCGCCUACCUGCGUAUACCAGCAGUCAGCAGCACUUUAAUGUGUGCUUACCCUGUUUGGGGAUUUUGUUCAAUUGACUAUUGUUAUUCAUUUAUGACAGGCUAUUUCAAACCUAGGGUGUGUCUGAAAUUACACCCUAUUCCAUAUAUAGUCAAUAAGAAGAGGGUGGAAUGAAGUCCCAUAGCCAGUUGACACAUGUAACUUUUCUCACUGUAAAACUUAUGUUCAUUUGGAGUUGAUAUCUAUUUGCAUGUCAUUUCAUUAAGAUAGGAAGCUAAUUUAAUGUUUUUUUUAUUUUUAGUGUCAGUCCACUACUAGGACCUUUAUAGAUUUAAGAGAGAUAGCAGUAAGUGAACUUGUUACUCAGUAUUUGAAUUGUUUCACUGUGUUGUCUCUCUCAUUUUCAGUUAGCCAUUACACUAUGAAGGUCUAUCCACCAUAUGUACCUCGUGUCAAGACCUUUCACAUUAGUCACUAUUCAUGGUAACUGAUGAAGAAUGCAUGCAAGUAUAUCUGGGUGGAAGUAAAGAUAUCAUUUAAAGGUUUUUGGCUAGUGGUUAAGGUUAUAUGCAGACGGUCUCUAAAGCCGUGAUACUUUAACUACAAGUUUCUGUCAGACCGGGUGUUCAGUGCAGAUUGCAGAACAUUUACCAAAUGCAAAUGUUGAAGUAGUUCAGACCACACAGCGGACUGGAGUCUGUCCAUGGAUACAAACGACUAUACUGUACCUAACGACUAAUGUGUCCAAAACAGAACAAUAAAGAUCUUUUCAAAGUCA